ACUUGCGACAGUAACCGGAAAUGCUGCGUGCCGAGUCCACGCGCUGUUGUGUUUGAAAACCAUGCGCUUGGAGCAGGCAGGGCCUUGCAGCUGUCAUGUACCCGACUCCCCUGUACGCUCCGGCCGGCCGCGGCGCUUUCACAGACGUGUACGAACCGGCCGAAGACUCGUUCCUGCUGAUGGACGCUCUGGAGAAGGAUGCCGAGCGUCUGAAGGCAAGCAGGCCGGCGGUGUGUCUGGAGGUGGGCAGCGGGUCCGGAGCGGUCUCGGCGUUCCUGGCGUCUGUGCUCGGGCCCCAAGCGCUGUAUCUCUGCACCGAUGUGAACCCGGCGGCUGCGCAGUGCACACUACAGACAGCUCACUGCAACCACCUGCAGCUGCAGCCCGUCGUCACCGACCUGGCUGAGUGUUUUCUGCCGAGGCUGAAAGGAGAAGUGGACGUGCUUGUUUUCAAUCCGCCGUACGUCGUCACGCCAUCAGAGGAGGUGGGCAGUCGAGGGAUCGAGGCGUCGUGGGCCGGAGGGAUCCGCGGGCGAGAGGUGAUGGAUCGGAUCUUUCCCAUGAUUCCUCAGCUGCUGUCGGAUCACGGGGUGUUUUACCUGGUGACCGUCUCCGAGAACCACCCAGAAGAGAUCGUGGAGGUGUUGGGCGGCUCAGGACUGAAGGGUCAGGUGUGUUUGAGUCGUCACGCCGGACGAGAGACGCUCUCUAUACUGCGCUUCAUACACUCUUCAUCGCUCCUGUACUCCUCGUGAUUCCUCGUUUGGGGGAGUUAUUAUUAAAAGUGCAUUUUAUGCAAAACCGAGAGAGUCGUCGACUAACUCAAAUAAAAGAACGGAAAGGGGUUGUUAUAACUAUCAUCAUUCGAAAGAUGGAAGUGUUUCUUUUGCUAUAAAAUAAGGGUUUUAAUAUUUAUAUAUUUUUUCAUUUUUGCUUAACAUUUUAGUAGUGUUUUCGGUAACACUAAAAAUAAAGUUCAUUAGUUAGCAUUGGUUAUUAUUGUUAUAUUAAACUGCAGAUUUAAAUCUGUUAUUAAAUCUCUGGUUGUGUUAACAUUAAUGCACUGGGAGCUAACUAACGUUAUCAGAGAAUAAUAUUACAAAAGACACCUUAUUGUUGUGUUUACUGCGUUUUUCUUGGUUUUAGUGUCAACAUAAAAGAAAAAAGAUUUUUUUCUAUUUUUUCAUGUUUUUUCCAACAUACUUUAAUAUGACGAUAUAAAGAUGGAAAUAUUUUUUCUUCCAAAAAUUAAGGUAAAUGUGUUUUUGUUGGUGUUUUAGCUCUCUAGUUAAGAGAUUGGAAUAAAGCUGUUUUGAUGUUCUUGA